CUGAAGUAGAUUUCCUUCUGGAUACAAGCCCAGGAGUGGGAUUCCUGGGUCAUAUGUUCAAUUUUGUGGGGAAACUGCUUGGACCAAGAGGAAACUCCUUGAAGAGGCUACAGGAAGAAACAGGUGCUAACAUGUCUAUCCUGGGCAAAGGAUCAAUGAGAGAUAAAGCAAAGGUGUUUGUAUGUUUUUGGAGUGUAAUUGACCUGAAACACUGUGUUAGUUCCUGGUAUACAACACAGAGAUUCCAUGUUUCUGUACACUUCAGAAGGAUCACCACAAUCCUCCACACUCUGAUUCUCCUUACCCAUCUUGGGUCUGAUGUUUAUGAAUUUCUGUGGAAGCUGCUUCUUCUUGUUGCCGCCUGGGGAGUUUCCAGUUUUCUGUUGUUUGUCUGGAGGAGCGUCCUUGCUGUAAAGCCUCGUGCAUCUCAAGUUACUUUAAAGCAGAUGACUGAGCAGAUGAAGAAUUUGGAGAACGAAAAGAGAGAACUUGCAGAAAAUAUAUCUGCUUGGGUGCAGAAGACCAACAAUGCAGUGAAAUGCUUAGAGGAGACCAUCAGGCAAAAGAAGAUGCUCUCUGAGGAAGCACUGAAGUUUAAGGAGAACUUGAAAACAAUUGAGAGGGUGAAUGAACAUUUGAAUGACGUUCAGAUUGCUCGAGCUAAGCUGCAGGCAGUGAGGGACCAGAACACCAAGAGUCCACACUUGCCAGGUGUUUCGAAGACCAGAUCUGAGGGUGCGAUGCAGCGAGCUGUGACAACUGGAGACUGCAGCCUGGAAGAGGGUAAAAAGAAAAUGCAAGACCACCAUGCUGCAUCGGGAUCUCCGAAAGAACGUGAGGAAGACGGUUUCCAAAGGCAGGUGAAGAAAGUACGCGUCCUUGAUGAAAUCAGUGGACAGAGAACUAUGGACACUGAAGGGAAGGUGGACAUGAACGGAUGUGGGCUGGUGGGAAAGCAGCAGCUGUUGGCAGCAAAGGAGAAGGCAGAAUUGGCUGAAGAGGAGAGAAGAUGGUACAAGAUAAGACUUGAAGAAUGUCACGGGCAAAUGCGGGAAGCAGAGAUCACUUGGAGACACCAGGUCACUCUUGCCGAGAAGAAGGCCCAAGACAGCUCGCUCAGGGCUCAGGAGCUGGAGAGGGAAAUCUCUGAAUUGAGAAGGGAAAACUCUGAGCUGAGAAGGGAAAACUCCUCUGAGCUGAGAAGGGAAGUUGCCCACCUGAAACAGAGAUUGGAUGCAAUCUGCGGAUGGAGGCAGGCAGAGGAAUACAUGAGGCAGGAGCCCACCCCAGGAGGACCGUACAGGCUGCACCCUCCCCUGAGAGCUUCAGGGCCGGGUGGCACCCCUGUUAGGAAUGGCACCGCCUUUCCGGCAAAGGAGGCAGAGGAAACCAAAGUCACCCCGUGGGCCGGAGGGCCCCAACCUUUCCUAGAACCAGCCUGCGUGGCCUGUCCCGGGUGCGGCCCGUCGUCGCCCAGCUGGACACCUGCACCUGGUCCCCCUUGGUGCCCUGUGCAACCUCGCCCCCCACCGCCAGCUGCUCCGCUCGAUGGUGUGUCAGUGCAGCACUUUCCAGAAGAGAGAGGAAGAGAAUCUUGCUGGGAUGAGGAAGGGGCGGCUGAGCCCGAAAUCAGAAAACCGGAAUACGCUAGCGGGGCUGUAGGAAUGGCUCCGCAGGAGCUGACAGAUCGUAACACACUGACCUCAGAUGGUGGAGCACACGGAGCUCAUUAUACACUGGCCGACGUGGGACCUGGCCCGGCUCCGGUGUGGCCCGGCAGCGCCCGCCCACCUGCGGCGGCCCCGGAGGCCCAGGUCACCCCGUGGGCCGGAGGGCCCCAACCUUUCCAAGGACCAGCCUGCGUGGCCUGUCCCGGGUGCGGCCCGUCGUCGCCCAGCUGGGCACCUGCACCUGGUCCCCCUUGGUGCCCUGUGCAACCUCGCCCCCCACCGCCAGCUGCUCCGCUCGAUGGUGUGUCAGUGCAGCACUUUCCAGAAGAGAGAGGAAGAGAAUCUUGCUGGGAUGAGGAAGGGGCGGCUGAGCCCGAAAUCAGAAAACCGGAAUACGCUAGCGGGGCUGUAGGAAUGGCUCCGCAGGAGCUGACAGAUCGUAACACACUGACCUCAGAUGGUGGAGCACACGGAGCUCAUUAUACACUGGCCGACGUGGGACCUGGCCCGGCUCCGGUGUGGCCCGGCAGCGCCCGCCCACCUGCGGCGGCCCCGGAGGCCCAGAUCACCCCGUGGGCCGGAGGGCCCCAACCUUUCCGAGGACCAGCCCGCGUGGGCUGCCCCGUGAUCGGCCCGUCGUCGCCCAGCUGGGCACCUGCACCUGUUCCCCCUUCGUGUCCUGAGCAGCCUGACCAGUCCCCGCUAGCUGUCCCGCCCGGUCACCGUGGAGUCCCGAAGUCCCGGUUCUUGGACAGGAUCAUUUGGUGUGUCUUGCCCGAUGGGACACCCAGCAUCAUUACUCAGAGGGUACUCGUCACCACCACCCCCACCUCUGUUGUGGCCAAUUUGGUCUCAGCCACCACCCCCCCCACCACCACCAGUUACAGCAGUCGCACAGUCAGUUUGGCAACUGAAGGGGCCCCUGAGCUGUGACAAUGAUGUGCGUAGAGAUGUCGGAGGUGCAUUACAGCCCGAAUGUUUCCCUGCUCCAUCCUGCCCCCUCCGCUGUUCUCUCCUAUUGUCACCCCUAAUGAAAUUGUCACAGUUCUCUCUG